AUCAUCGAAAUGCAGCAACCAAGCUCGGAUUACCGGAUCACCGUCUUGCUGCUGGGCCUAGUCUGCUUCCUCGGUCUGGGCGAAGCAGCCAGCAGACAGCUGCAGAUAUACGACUUGGAUAUGGAUAAUGAAGUGUCAGGAAACAGCACCGAAGGCCAGUACAAUCCCAGUUCUGGGCUGACGAUGGAGAGACCUCUGAGCUGGCUGCGGCAGGUCCAGAGCAUGUUUGGCAGCCCCGCCGGUCAUGUGGUCAUGCAGAUGGCCAAGGAGCUUCUCCACCGCUCCGCGGGCAACAGUCAAGUUCUCAGCCUGAACCUCACCAAUUUGCUCAUCAUCAUACUGCUGAAGGUGCUCAUCUUUUCCGCUGGCAUCCUCGGAGCAGGACAUUGGAGUGGCUAUGGCCAUGGCUAUGGUCGUUCCACCGGACGCAGUGAUAAUGCCUUUGGCUUGGGCCUGGAAUCGGGUGAUGACUACAUGAUAAUGGGCUUCCUGGCCGCCCAGGGAGCCGGUCGCGAUGAGUGUCUCUAUGCGGCGGCCUGCGCCUGCCCCAAUGCCGCCUAUGAGUAUGCCAAGGCGGGGCGCGCCCUUCUGGGGGCCAUCGAAGUGUUCGAAGGGGCACCCUCAGGGAAGCCCCGCUACAACGAUCUCAUUGUGCUGAUGGAACGCGCCGCCUACGAUGGCUAUCGAGGAGUGGCCUGCAACACCACCCAAACCUGUGACGGGCUCCUCUGA